AUGGAAGUAGAGGCAAGCGGGCAGAGCUCCAUCCACAUGCUAGAAUCAUGGCGCCGCCGCUCGUGCCUGGGAUGCCACGAUGACCUCUCUAUUGCGCCCUUGGACAGCGAGCUGGCCAAGGUGCCCCGAUGCCCGGCCUCGGAUCCCUUGCUGGAGGAGUUGUUGAAGGAAGCCCCGUACAAGUCGAACCGAAAGGGAGCCGACUUGAAGCAGCUGCCGCCGAAACGCUCCCUCUUGCACGCCCUCAGCCAUCUGCCGCGGUCUACCCUCUUAACCGCUUCGGAAUUCACAUUUACUCCCCCGGAUGACACCUCACAGCCUCUGGCCAUCCGUCCCAGACCAUCUCCUCAACUGUUCCGUGGCGUGAAGCGUCGCCGCUGCAUGUCAGACGUCGACGGGUUCAACACCGUCGGCAUGAGCUCUAAGAAGCGCCGGCUACGGGUCGACCUCAUAACCAGCCGACUCUCACAACCAUACUCACAACCGGCAACGCAUAUUCUCAACCGCGAGGGCCAGGAAUCCGGCGACAAGCGGUUUUUGAAGAUGGCCACCACGCUCGAUUCAGCGAGGCGAACCUCUCAUCUGCACGCGACGUCAUUCUUACGGUACUGCACCAUGAACUGUCUGCGGAAAAGACUCAACUUGGUCCAUCCUACCCCCGUUGUCCGGCGAGACGACCAGGAAGCCGCCGCCGUUGCAUUAAAAGCCGGCUCCAAAGUAGCAUGGCGACCCCAGAGCAUUGAAGACACCUCAGCUGGACAGUCUCUGAGGGUAUCCACGGCGCCCAGCGGCGGAGCGGGCAUCUCAAUACCAGCCCCAACACUAUCACCACUCCUACAACCGACGCGGCCUCAGCCCGUCGCUCCCAAACACGCCCAUCCACAUGUCAAACCCCCCGCCUGUCGCCUCUCCAGCCCCGCGGCGCUCCCCCUGCCCGCCACCGACGCCGUGGCAACUAAGAAGCGCACCUCGCCGCGGAUCUACCCCGUGCAGUCCCCCGAGCUGCGGCCGUCAACCUCGUUGUCGCAGCUGGACGACCUGGAAGAGGACAGCUUCGCGUUCCUGCAUCCCGCAGACGACGACUGGGACGACUUGGCCGACGACCAGGACGGCGUGUAUUCUGAUUUCGGCGUCGUGUUCGGGCAGGAGUCCCCAGGCGCUGAGGCGAAAGACGGACGCACGUACGAGGAGUACUUGGAUGAGCUAGAUGGCAUCUGCUGGGUAUCGAGGUAG